AUGCGACCUACGGUUGGACCCCCGUGGGCCGCAUUCGCCCGCUGCUUAUUACCACCUACCCUCGUCCCCCAAGAGCGAUCCUCGUUCUCUCGACCUCGUCUUGUCUGCCUUGUUGACAGUAUCAGUCACGUUAAAGAGAUCAAGCAGAACAUUGAUCUCGCGCUUGGCAGCGCUUGCAUCACCAAGCCCUCACAUAUAAAUUCCCAUUCGACAUCAUCGAAGAUCAUCAUGAGGGUUAAGAAUGAGUUUGGGAUUGGGGGGGUGGAGGGGGAGGAGAAGAGAGGAAGUUCUUUUAUCUAUUUGGGAGGGUUUAGGAAUGUGAGAGUCACGUGUGAGUUGGAAUGCAAGGCUGGAGAGCCGGAGAAGGCAAAGGAGAUGCUGGAGGGAUUUUUGUUGGAGAAAGAGGUGGAGUAUAACUACUCCAAAGAAUCCAAGUUUGCGGUUUUCAGAGCUGGAACACUGCUUCACUGA